UGCUCCGCUAGCCAGGGGGCGUGACGGACAGGUAGCGUUCUUUUUCAAAACAAAAUAAACCGCACGCCAAACGCAUAACCGGUAUCUUCGCCUCAAGGCAGGUCAGAGAGUCCCCCCCCUUUCCCCUCCUCCCGGGCAUGUGCAACCUCAAGACGUCCCUGCUGCUUGCACUCGAGGCGUGAGUGUCGUGGCUUCGCUGUUCGAAUCUCCCUGGCAGCCAAAAGCCUCCAUUUCUUGCUGCAAGGAAAAUCAGAAUGAAGGAGAUAAUGCCUAAUAACAGUACAACAAAUAUAUCUCAAGCAAGAAAAGCAGUGGAGCAGUUAAAAAUGGAAGCAUAUCUGGAUAGGAUAAAGGUAUCCAAGGCAGCUGCUGAUUUAUUGGCAUAUUGUGAUGCUCAUAUGGGAGAAGAUCCCCUUAUUAUACCGGUGCCUGCAUCUGAAAAUCCCUUCCGGGAGAAGAAGCUCUUAUGUACUAUUCUAUGAUUCACCCUGCAGUUGAAAAUGUUAUCUGUGAAAAUACAUUACUGAUGGUGCAUGCUUUUCCUCAAGUUUUCUCCCAUAUAGUAAUUCAGUCGAAAAGUCAACCUUUCUAGAACACAAUAUAUUCUAAGUUAAUACAUUUUAAGUGAAGGUUUUUAAUGUCAAUUUUUCUAUCAGUGGUAUGUGCUCAACAUUUCUAUUGUUCUUUAUUUGUGUUUUGUAAUAAAAGAAUACUAUUUGUUGUUACUUAUGCGAUAAUUAGAUUUUGUUGGUUAAAUUUCAUGAACUGUCUUUGGCUUGUUUGCAUAGUAGACUAGCCAUAGCUUAUAUAAUAAUGGCUUAUGAAUUAACCAAAUUGCCUGACGGAACACACAGUGAAUCAUAAAUCAACCAUACAGGUUAGAUUUGCACAACACACUGAGUCACAAAUUGGCCAAUCGCCUUUUAGCCUGGGUGCUGUGUGCCAACCCAGGCUGUCUUUCAGAGGAACUGAAACUAUGAUGAGCAAUAUGCACCAUCAAUUUCUUAACUAUUUUAUUUCCAUGUAAAAAGUGGGAUUGCAGAAGAGAAUGUGCUUGAUGAAUGUUUGAAUUAUGGAUACUAAAGUUAAAUCAAAUCUUCCCAAUUAGCUGCCUUAUACCAAGUCAAACAACUGGUCAACUUACUUGGAAUUAUCUGUACUGAUGGGCAGCACUUUCAGGUUUUGAACAGGAGCCUACUUAAGCCCAACCUGAGAUGCCAAGGAUUAAAUUUAGUACUUUUAAAAUCUAAAAUGUGUUCUUUACCAUUAAGAUGUUACUCUUCUGUUUUGUAUUGCAGUAUGCUCAUUGCAGCAGACAGUAGCACUAAUAAUCAUUCUAAUAAUAGAACCAGCACAUGAAAAACUUGCAGGCCAAAUAAAGAGCACACUGAUACCAUUCCAUAGGUCAAACUGGCACAGUGUGGAGUCCAGUUCAAAUAAAGAAUUCUUUUUUAAAAUUUAACACGUUAAUUAUAGUUUCUCUGGGUACCGAUUCCCAUUUCAUACUAAAAACUAUGCAGCCUGCAGCAAAGGAUGUCAUCUUGAUAUGUUCCUUAAUAUUUCAAAUUAUAUACCUCUAGCCUUUGUAAUAUGCUAAAUACAGAUUUCUAGUACAGUUGAGUGUGUAUUAAGUAACAUAGAUUUCUAUGGUCUUUAUAUUGGCUCUUAUCUUUAAAAAAAAAUCUUAAGUCUGUGCUGGUAAAAGCUUGUUUGUCUGAAAUCAGUUAUAUAGUUCAUUUGGUAUAUGUUGUAUGAUAAAAUGUACUGUUAAUCAUUUUCCUUACUUGAAUAUUUUAAUAAAAGUUACUUUUCAUUUG